AUGGCGUCCUUAAUUGAGUCCAGCGCCAAAUCCUUGUGCCGGUCGUGCAAAACCUCCCGACUCCACACGAAGUUAUUCUCCUCAUCGGCCACUGCGAUGGUCGGCCCCGAGUCUCCCAAUUAUAUCGACAUCCCUCGGAUAAUACAACCCUAUCCUCCCCAGAAAAGGAAAGUCAAGGGUGUCCUUCCCGUCCCCCGUGAGAUCUUCCCGCGCCGACGACCUGACAAGCCUACCAAAUCUUACAUCGAUGCCGCAACCCCCGAACCAUCCAGCAACGAACCAAAGGUCGAAAAGGACCAUCCUUUUUUCGAAAAGCUCGAAUGGAAGCGAAGGAUGGCUGAAGUCAGGAGACAGAAUUUGCGAGAGGGUCUAGUGGAGCUAUACCAACGCAAACAGAAAGAAGAGGCUCAGAUGCUUGCCCGAAGCAGGGCUAGACAGGCGCAGCAGAAAGUGGUUCUAAACCAACCCCCAAGAGAGGAUGAGCGUUUAACUACGGCAUCGGUCCCAUCGGGCAUCUCACUUGCCAAAACCCCGUUUCUCUCCGACCCUAACGCUAAAAACCGCCAUGAAAGAUCCGUUGCCAACCACCUUGUGAGGCAGGAAUGGAAGAGCGAGGAAAGGAUGGACGCAAUCCAUACAUUAUAUAUGAAUGCCCGUGACUUUAUCACUACCGAACAACAAUUAGAUGCGGAGAUUGAGCGAGUUUUCCCUACUGAAAAUAACCCCGAUUGGGCAAACGAUCAAAGGGAUGGAGAUAAUGUUUGGAAUUUGGGCCCUCCUCCAACCGUCGGUUCCUUGAUGCACAGGAAGAACGAUGAACACUCCAAAUUCAACUUAAUCCAAGAUCGCACUCGGAAGAUCGCAGAAGCGCUCACUGGAGGAAAGAUCUAA